AUAUUAAUGUACUGUGCAUGCUGACUUGACAAGGUAGUACAUAGAUGACCCGGCCCCGGGCCCAACAAAUUGGGUUACAUUUAAGUCUUAUAAACACUUGGAAGCAAAAAUAGCAAACUUCCAAAGUUAACCAACAACCAAGCUACCCAUUAACAAGUUAUAAUAACAUAACAAUGCAAGUUAACAACCAUGAAUUGUUAUGGUAGUAAGAUAACUACUCAAAAGCCUAAGAAUGGAGGGGCAAAAUGGGAAACAAAACAAAAAAUUCUCUCUCCUCAAAAUCGUCCUCCUUUUGCCAUUAAUUAGAUUUGGUUCAGUGGUAGUGGCUAAGCCAAGGACGGCAAAAAAUCUUCAGGUGCAGAAAGGCCUACCCUUCAAGAUUGCACUCUUUGCUGACUUGCAUUUUGGUGAAGACGCGUGGACUAAGUGGGGCCCUCUUCAAGAUGUUCACUCUACCAAAGUUAUGUCUUCUAUCCUAGAUCAAGAUAAACCAGACUUUGUAAUAUAUCUAGGAGAUGUCAUCACUGCUAAUAAUAUUCCAAUAGCAAAUGCAAGUCUAUAUUGGGAUCAGGCGCUCUCAUCAGCUAAAAAUAGGUGCAUUCCUUGGGCUAUUGUCUUCGGCAACCAUGAUGAUGCUCAAUUUACAUGGCCACUGGAAUGGUUUUCAGAUAGCGGAAUCCCCCCUCUGAAGUGCUCAUCAGAUAUUUCAUUAUCUUCAGGGGAGGAUAAUUGCGGCUUCAUGGGCACAACGCGUUUGCAGUUGAUAAAUCAUGACAUUGGAAGCAAGACAUUAUCAUUCUCUCAAAAGGGUCCUAAAAACCUAUGGCCUAGUGUGUCCAACUACGUCCUCAAGAUUUCAUCGUCAGAUGAUUCAGAAUCACCGGUAGCCUACCUGUACUUCCUAGAUUCUGGUGGAGGGUCUUAUCCGGAAGUCAUAUCAUCUGCACAAGCAAAAUGGUUUAACAGCACGUCUAUGGAAAUCAACCCUGACUCAAGAGUGCCUGAGAUAAUCUUUUGGCAUAUUCCUAGCAGAGCUUACAAAACUGUGGCACCUUCUGGUGAAAUAGAUAAACCUUGUGUAGGAUCGAUAAACAAAGAGACUGUUGCUCCUCAAGAAGCUGAAUAUGGGAUCAUGAAUGCCUUAGAAGCUCGGUCUUCAGUUCAGGCUGUGUUUGUGGGGCACAAUCAUGGACUAGACUGGUGCUGCCCUUGCAAAAAAUUCUGGCUUUGCUUUGCGCGCCACACUGGUUAUGGUGGUUAUGGAAAUUGGGCUAGAGGAGCUAGAAUACUCGAGAUCACUGAGCAGCCAUUCUCUCUCAAGUCAUGGAUUACAAUGGAGGACGGUUCUGUACAUAGUCAUGUUUCGUUGAAGUCUUGAUGUCAUCUACUUCCUCUGCUUCUUUCCACUAAAAAGAACUUCGAAUAAGGCAUUGGCAGCUUGUUCUGUACAUAAACAUUUUCCAAGGUAUAAUUUUCCAUGUAAAUUUACACAAAUCUUCAUUAUUGUUCAUGUAAUUUAUAAUCACCUACCAAACGAGUCAUAUUACCUUGGUACAAUACGCAACAGAUAAAUGACCUUGGAGAAGUAUACUAGAUCAUUGUGAUGGGA